AUGGAAAGUAUAUCCAUAUAAUAAUUUAUAAUUGGUUCAAUAAUCUUGGUUGCUAUUUACGUAGUCUAUUAGAUUUUAGAUUAUAGAAGCAGUAUAAAAAGAGCAGAAAAAAAUACACAAUAAUCAUAAAAUGAAGUAUAAGCUCAAAGUUCUCCAAAUCCAGAAAAAUUAGGUAAAGAAUUUUAAUAUAAAAUAAGAAAUUGCAUCCUUAAAAAUCAUGACAUUAAAUGAUGUAUAAUAAAAUAAUGGGUAAAAUGGUAAAAAAAUAUUUAUAGCAAUUAAGAAUUUUGUAUUUGAUGUAUCAAACUCAGGUAAUCAAAAUUAUUUAAAUUAGAUUCUUAUAAGCCUGAUGGUCCUUAUGGAGUAUUUGCAGGACAUGAUAUAUCGAUAUCAUUGGGGAAAAUGAAUUUAACAGAUGAAUUUUUAGAUCAAUAUGGCACUGUUACAUAACCAGAAGAUGAAAUAGCAAAUAUGAAUAGUUGGUUUAGUUAUUUCUAUUAGAGAUAUCCAGUAAUUGGUAGAAUUGAUGAUAAAAAAUAAAAUUGAAUAAUCU